AUCAUCCUCUGGUGCGUUCACGGACCCAUCGCUUCCUGUUGCCUUGUUUCCGCACGGUUGCAGCCGCCUGUCUCACCCUGCACCUGUGUGUGUGCAGUCACUCCCUCUGUCAGAGCUCAGGGUGUGAUGUGGAUCUGUCUGAACAGUUGUGGAUAAAAACCUUCAAAACUUCAGUCAUCACUUCGACCUGAACUUUUUGUCAUCCUUUUGUUUGGCGUAAAAAACAGAAAAACAAACCAUGCCGCUGCCGCAGCAGUUACGAGACGAGAGUGACUUUGACCAACUUCCUCAUGAUGUCCCCGUCAGCGCCACCAUCGCUGGUAUCGAGGAGAAGAAAGGCUUCAUCGACUACUUUAAUUUCGUGAUUGAGGUGAAGACGCGAGGAUCAAGCAAAUACUUCAUCUACAGGAGGUACAGGGAGUUCUUCGACCUCCACCAGAUCCUUCAGCUGAAAUACUCCCCUGAGGAGCAGGUCAAACCUGGACCCAGCAUCAACACACUGCCUACCCCACCAGGAAAAGUCUUCAUUGGCAACAAGAAGGAGAUUGCAGAGAGCAGAAUUCCCGAGCUCAACAUCUACAUGAAGAAAUUGCUCAGUCUGCCGAUCUGGUUCAUUCUGGACGAGGAUCUUCGGAUGUUUUUCUACCAGACAGAUUUGGACAGCCAGCAUCGGCUGGAAGACAGCCAGGCUCUGAAGCGUUUGAGGCCCCAAACCCGCAAAGUGAAAACUGUCAAACCAAAGAUGGACCUCUUCUCCUCCCCGAGGGCAGAGGCGAUGUUUGACUUUCGCGGCAACGGUAAGGCGGAGCUGAACCUGAAGAGAGGAGAGGUGAUCUUCCUGCUGCGACGAGUCAACGCAGACUGGCUGGAGGGAACUGUGAACAACCAGACAGGUAUUUUCCCAGAAUCCUUUGUGAAGAUCAUAAAGCCCCUUCCAGAGAGCAACUCUGAAAGUGAGGGUGGAGUCCGCACCUACAGCUGCCUACGCUGCUUCCUGCUCACUCCCUCUGGAGUGGACACUAGGUGCAGGUGUAUAUACACUGACCUGACCCCAACCCAGUGUCACCUCCCCCGUGUCCGACUUUCUGUCCCCCGACUCAGACACAUUUUUAAGACGGACGACAUCGCCCUGAACUACCGCGACCCCGAGGGCGACCUCAUCCGCAUCCUGGAUGACGAGGACGUCCAUCUGAUGAUCACAGAGAGCAGACGUCAGGAGAGGAAGGUCAAGAGACCCGUCAAUCAGUUUCCCUGGGAACUCUACGUGACCUUGGCUUCGGAUCUUUCUGUUUACAACACGGACGCUUAGGACAGAGGCCGGGAGUGGGAUCGAAGGGUUAAAGUUCUGAGUUUUCCACGGAGCUGAUGGAAAAUGACCUUUUCAUGUUGUUGUUUCAUCUGUAUGAACACCUGAGAUGAAAAGCAAAGUGAGUCCAAUAGAGGGCGCAUGUGUGCGCGUCGUUCUCAAUAGAACUUGUUAGAAACAGAAACAUUGUCUCAUUUAUACCAUGUGGUAUGUUGUGAAAAUACUACUAAAUAAAAUACUAGUAUAUAUAUGUCUCUCAGUGCUGACCUCUGGUGGCAGAGCUAUUGGGUUAUUUUCGGUGACACGUGAAGUUUUAAUAAUUUCUUACACUGGUCUAAGUCACUGCUGUUUUGUAUCAGUGUCUAAAAAUACAGUUCGAUUCCCUGGAUUCAUGAUUGUGUGAAUGAUAUUUCCUUUAGGUGUUAAUGGGUUUCUUUUGGUGACCACUUACUCCGUGAGGAAGAGUGCUACUUGAUGCUAAUGUGUCCAUCCACCCAUCCAGUGGUCUUUUAUCUGUCUUAAAAUAAAAUGAGUAAAAACA